GUCAAUCAAUGGCUUUCGUGCGAUAUGCAGGCACAUCUUAGACCUGCACGCAGAUUAUCGAGGGAUGCAUCCGGGCCUCUCGGCGGGGAAUCCACCUCAACAGCGCCGAGAAACCACAUAACGGGGGAGACCGCUGGCCGUACAAAACCGUCACUCCCUUCUGGAUCUGGAGGGAGACGUUGACGGCCGGGGGAGGGUGGCCGUUUUCUUUCCCCCGAAGGAAAGGCUGAAUGAGAAACCGCUGUGACUUCACGCGUUGGGGCGGCGCGCCACGACUCGCCGCUCUCGAUCGCCUCCUCUCUCCACACACACAGAACACUCACCCAAACGUCCACCCGCACAAAGGGUCCCUUUUGGAGAUGGUACAUAUGAGAGUGUUUGUGGAGCGUUCCUCCCCGUAAGCAAUGCAAAGAGCUUACUUUCUUGGCAAGGAGGAAAAAUUGAACGCUCCUUUGAAAACUCUCCAACAGCGACAACCGUGUUGGCGGGAGGCUCCUUUUCUGUGUCUGUGGUCAACUGUCAAGUGGGGCCGGCUUCUCUCAAAAUAUAUAAAGAACAGUUCUGCGUGUGCGAAUUCGUCCAGUGAACACUUCAGGGGACAGUCAUGGGUCAAUUCCGAGCGACUUCCGCCCUACUGGGGCUGCUCGUCUUUCUCGGAGGUAUGCGUUGCCUUCGCGGUGGUCCCUUCUCAAAGCCUGCGUUUUUCUCGUCUCCACCCAGACCAACGAAGCCCUAUUCUCCAACCCGUAUCCUUUCCGCCCUCUCUAGGCGCGCUCGCGGCUCCUGUGUGCUUUGCCAUACAAGGCGAUAAUUUCUGCGUGUACUCGAACCCCGUCGGCACCGAUGCGGUCAGGAUACGAUACGAGUUUCCAAGGACGUUGGGAUGGGUUGCCUUUGGGGUUGGGCAGGAUAUGGGGAAUGCCGAUGUCAUGAUGGCCUACCCAACAAACAACGGCGCCGGCCUUACCGUCCAACGCCGCACCGCAACGGGCCACAGCCUCCCCUCCCUCAACACCGCGCAAGACCUCUCCAUCGAAGCGAACGCAACCGGCCUGCUCACCAUCAACAACCAACAGCAGUACGUCGUCACAUUCACCCGCCCCCUCGCCGCCUCCUCCGCCGACCUUACCCCCAUCACGCCGGCAAAACAGGCCCUCAUCUGGGCGGGAUUCAAGGGCGCCGCGCCUGCAUCCGCGUCGACCGUGCCCCGCCAUACCUCCCGCGGCCAGAUCGAGUUGAACCUUAUGGACGGGAGUAUGGCGUAUGCGGCCGGUGGGGCGACACCCUCUGACCAGGCACAGGGCGGCGCCGUUGUCGUGCAAGACCCGUCAUCCGGCGUCGACACGGACGCGCUGGUGAAAGCGCACGGGGCGUUGAUGUUUAUCGCGUGGACUGUGAUUGCCCCGCUUGCGAUCUUUGUUGCGCGGUUCAUGAAGAAGGCGUUGGGGGUGUGGUGGUUCCGGAUCCAUCUUGGGCUGUUUUUGUUUGGAACGACGGCGAUGACUUAUGCCGCGCUCGGGCUGGUGUAUAAGGUUGUCCAGCUGAAUGGGGAGAGUCAUUUUAAUUACAAGGCUAAUGGGAUUCAUGCGAUCUUCGGCCUAAUCAUCAUAAUCCUCACCUUCCCCCAAGUCGUCCUCGGCUUCAUCAUCGACAAACUCUGGAGCCCGGACCGGCAAGGCAUCCCCUGGUGGGACAAAGUACACUGGUGGCUCGGCCGUGUCGUCUUUCUCCUCGCCCUCAUCAACGUGCCGCUGGGUCUCAACCUCUACCUCGGGGAUAAAGAAAAAGGGGCGAAGUGGCCGUGGAUCGUGUGGGCGUGCUGGUUGGCGAUUGUGGUGGGCGUGUUUGUGGCGUUGCAGGUUAGCGCAUCCAAGAAGGGGAGGAGGGGAGGUGCGUUGGGGGAUCAUGAGAGGGUGCCGGAGGCUUCGAAGCCGGAGGACGCGGGCGUGAGGGUUGGGAGUGCUGGUACACUCCACGAGUGAAAAUGUGUGUACCUUGUUUGGGGAAGGGACUACCAUGUAUAUUUUGGGGUCUCAGGUUUCGCUGUGACGAGGGUCGCAGAUGUGCUUAUCUUGUCAGUUCCGCUGGUGAACCAACCCAUUUUCGGGUCACAAAGCAUAGCUUCUUGCUUUGUCUUUCCAUGCUGAAAUACACGAUGCCCUGUAUAAUAAAAGAAACCCGCCUUCCAAAGAU